UGAGAGYGUAGCAUGUCUUGAAGUCAUCGAACAAAAUUCAAUAGCUUCGACUAACUAAGGCAUAAGCAACAACAAAAACAAGACAAAGUAAAUGUAAUUGAAGCCGAUACUGACACUGAGCAACAAAUCAGUUGCCGAAUUGGCAACGAUUCAAAUGCAGAGCAAUAAUAUAAAGCGCCGACAACUACAACCACAAGCACACAAACGGUAAUUGAAGGAAAUAGAAACAACAAAAAAGCAAAAACACAUACACACACACAUGCGAAGCUAUGUUUGUAUGUAAAUAUAUGUGUACCAUAAUAUUCGCGCGACCAGCAGCUACAGAGCAGAAGGCAACAACAAAAAUAAGAAGCUAAAAAAGAACUUUCCGAUUUUCAUAAUAAAAAGGUUUCCACUAAAUGACGAGCCGUUUAGUCGGCUAUCGAUGCUGAGGAAAGUGAAACGCGACACGCCAAACACCAAACCCCAAACGUCAAGCACUAUAAACGCGCCGCAACAAAGCUUGGGAAUAAAGUGAAAAAUACAACAAAACAAAAAAAUACAUACGUAUGCAUAAAGUGUAAGUGCGUGUAAGGAAACUAACGUAAAUAAAGCAAAGUGUCAACUUGAAGCGCUUCAAACAAAUAAUAUCAAGCAGCCAUUUGAAAUUGAUGGUUUUAUGCACAAAGUGCGACUAAACGACUUUUAAAGUAACAUUACUGUUAUUUUUAAUAACUUCAAACAAAAAAAUUGAAAAAAAAACGCGUUUUUAGUAACCACCAAAAAUAAGCUACAAAACAUUAGUUUUGUGAAUUACAGUUUGUGCUACAGUUAAACAGCAUUUUAAAAGCUAGUAUAACCGUCUAAGCAUUUCAGCUGCCAAAUUCUCCGAAUAAUAAUUGAAUAUUUCGCCCGKAAAAAAUUAAAAAUAAACUAAUAUCGAAAUGAAGCAGUUAAGUGAAACAGUAUGCCAGCAGCAAAAAAACGGCAUCGCCACCGUAAGUCAACAAGAACAACAACAACAACAGCAGCAGCAGCAAGCAACUGCGUUGCAGCGCCAUUUUGCAGAGGAUUUUUCAAGUAACGGCGAACAGAAACAGCAGCAAACGCCGCAACAGCUGAUGCAUUCACCGCCCAAUAAGAAUAGUAUGCAGCUGGCAUUAACGGUAAAUGGAAGUAACRGCAGCUUUAGUGGUACAAGCAGCAGCGGCAGCAACUUUCUGGUACAGAACGGCAAGAAUGGCAGUGAAAAUGGCCAUGAACAUUGYACAUUCCAUCACGAUCUCGAGCUGGAUCACAAACCACCCACACGUGAGGCGCUACUACCCGAAUUGUCGCGUUCAUAUCGUCUAUUGCUGAGUGGGCUUGGUGAGAAUCCCGAGCGUCAGGGCUUGCUGAAGACACCCGAACGCGCCGCAAAGGCUAUGCUAUUCUUUACAAAGGGCUAUGAUCAAAAUUUGGAAGACGUUCUCAAUGGCGCUGUCUUCGAUGAGGAUCACGAUGAAAUGGUAGUAGUAAAGGAUAUCGAAAUGUUUUCCAUGUGUGAACAUCACAUGGUGCCGUUCUAUGGAAAAGUUUCUAUUGGCUAUUUGCCUUGCAAUAAGAUUUUGGGACUCAGCAAGUUGGCAAGAAUUGUGGAGAUAUUUUCACGUCGUUUACAAGUGCAAGAACGUUUGACAAAGCAAAUCGCCGUUGCUGUCACACAGGCUGUGCAACCAGCUGGUGUUGCUGUCAUCAUUGAGGGAGUUCACAUGUGUAUGGUGAUGCGUGGUGUGCAGAAGAUCAAUAGCAAAACUGUCACCUCGACAAUGUUGGGCGUCUUCCGCGAUGAUCCUAAAACCAGAGAGGAGUUCUUAAAUCUUGUGACCAGCAAAUAAACGCACCUUUUAAAUUAAAUGAACAUACUGAGAAUUAUUCCAGUGAAUGCAUAUAGAAGGAAAUUUUUUAAUGAAUGCUGCUUAUAUUAUAUUUACAUAUACAUACAUAUGAUAUUUUAAACCGUAUACCCAUCCCUAUAUUUAAGUUGCUGUUUGCAAAUAAAGAUAUAUAGUAUGUUUCAAUGUAUAUAAAUACAUACUUAAAAGGAAAGUAUAUAGAAAACUUUAACACACUAUAAAAAAGCCAGAAAGAAAUUGUAUUGUACUUAAGCGAGAAACCCCAAAACCAUUCAAARCGUGUAUGAGUAAAUAUUUUCUGACAACAUAAAAAAAUAUUAAAAAUAUAACUUAAUUUCUAAAACAAGAA